UCUCUCUCUCUCUCCCUCUCUCUCAUUAGGUAAAAGAGAAGCUUGGCAUUACAGCUUUCAAAGAGAUGAAGGAUGGUCUUUACAACGGACUAAAAGUGAUGGGAACAAAAAUAAAAGGUUUACAAGAGACAGAAACGUUUCGAAAGAUUGACACAACCCUGGUCGGUUGGAAGACUAAGCUUGAGGACUCUGAGCGUUAUCAGAAAACCAAACAGUCUCUUAACGAAGGUGGAAAGAAAGCAUCUUCUGCCAUUUCAUCAGCUGCCACUUCUAUAAAGGAGAAUGAGAGGGUGAAGACUAUUGGGACAAAGACUAGUGGUGCUUUUCAAAGUGCUGGCACUGCCAUUAAGAGCACAGGUACUGCCAUCAGGGAGAAUGAAAGGGUCCAAAACUUUGGAGAGAGGAUAAGAUCAACUUCUGUCAGAAUUAAGGAUCGUGUUAUGGGUACUAGUGUUGACGCUGGUGAUGAACCCGUUGCUAAGGAGACUGUGGUCCCAGACGAGCCUACCAAAAAGGAUUGAUGGUUCUCUUUUUGAUUUUUAAAAACUCGUCAUUGUUUGUGUGCUGUUAAUGAAUAAAUUUAUUGAUAUCUUCUUGCCAUUGAAACAAAAAUUGCAACUAUCUUUAACAAUAAAAUUAAUGAAUGGGUGGAGUUUCGCACCUACGUUUAAUUAUUUAACCCUUUUAUCCAGAGAAUGGUGGACAAAGGAUAGAUUGUGAAGGAAAAUGAUCAAAAUGAGCGUAGGUCUACACUCGAGAAGUGCAGAAGCUAAAAGAGACUACAUAUGUGGUGGUGCCGCUUCCCUCCUUAACGUCCUAAUAACCUUCCCAAUGAACAAGAUCAUGUUCCGACAGCAGAUAGACGGUCUGAGACUCAAGGUGGCCAUAAAGCAGUUACUAAAGGAAGGAAUGGGCACCUGGUAUCGUGGAAUAGUCCCUCCGCUCCUUCAGCGUACAUUAACAGUAUCACUAAUGUUUGGUACAUAUACACACGCCACUCACUUAAUCAAUGCUCAUUCACCGUACCGUCACUCACCCUUCUUCACUCACUGUCUUGCUGCCUCUACUGCAGGCUGUAUCGAAGCAAUGCUGAUGCCUUUUGAGCGAGCGCAGUGUCUCCUGCAGGCAAAAGAGUUCAAUCACAAGCUCAAGAACACGAAACACGUCUUUGAGGUCCUACGCCAUCAUAGCCUCAAGGAGAGCUAUCGAGGGCUAAGUGCCGUGCUACUCCGGAACACUAUCAGUAAUAUUUUAUUUUUGGGUCUCAGAGAGCCACUUAAAAACUGUCUUCCGGCCCCCAAAACCCAGUUUCAGGACUCUGUCAAUUCCUUCAUCAGUGGAGCUGGCCUCGGCUGUAUUCUGAGUACUGUGUUCUUUCCUGUGAAUGUCAUUAAGAACCGAAUGAUGACAAAGAUUGGCGGAGACUUUCUCAGUAUAUAUUCAACGUAUAGGAUCACCAUGAACGAGAGGGUAUAUUUUCGUAGACUUUUUAGAGGCGUUCAUAUCAAUUACACGCGCUCUUUUAUUUCCUGGGGCAUAAUAAACACGUCUUUUGACUUUUUAGUUAAAUUGUAUGAUCGUUUUAUGUUUAAUGAUUAGCUUUUUUUAUUUAUAUUAUUAAGUUUUAUUGGAUUUUAUUUAUUUUUUUGCUGGCUGUGACUCAAGGUGAUAACUAGUUGCGUGGGCGGUAGCUUGUUUGAUGACAAGGAGCAAAUUAAAAAUGAAUACACACAGCUAAAAUAAAAACAACAAACAAUAUAGUCUGGACACACAUGUCCAAGCUACAAUACGGUCACUAAAAUUCUUAAAUACACACCCAUUCUACAGUUCAUAUUGC